AUGCCGUCUUAUCUUAGGAAAUUGGGGAUAGAAGGAUUGGAUGGAAACUCAGAUGUAAGCAAGCUCUUUAUGGAAUUGGUUCACUUGAGGUUUAUUGAUCAUCUGAUCUUAAGAGGGUUUCAUUUCAGAACAAUGCCUUGUUUGGAUGGGCUUUAUAAUCUACAAAUCGAUAUUCUCAAGUUGGAUGGACUCCUUGCCAGCUUACCAAAUUUCCCUUACAAAAUUGAAUCAUUGACGUUGGUUAACAGCAGUCUUGAUGAAGACCCCAUGCCAUUACUAGGGGAGCUAGGCUGUCUAACCCACCUCAAAUUGAGGAAUGCAUUUACCGGUCGAGAAAUGGUGAUCUUGCAUGACGGCUUUCCUGAUCUCAAUGUCCUGUGCAUCGAAGAGAUGUGGAAUCUGAAAAACGUGCAAAUUGAAAAAGGUGGAAUGAGUUCGCUUGAGAAACUAGAAAUCAAGAAUUGUCCAAGUCUGGAGAGCCUCCCUGAAGAGAUUGGGUCUAUGGCUCUUCUCAAGGAGUUAAAGAUGGUGACAACCAAAAGCAUUGCAACCAAGAUCAGAAAUUCAGAUUUAAUCUCCAAGAUAUGGAAGGUGAAUAUCAACCCUUGA